AGUACCCACCAUCAACGCCCUCCAUCCGUGUCGCGGAGAGGAUAUAAGCUUCUCCCAUCGAUCUUGUUUCGGUAGCUUCUCUUCGCUCUUCUCCGCUGUCGGAGUGCGCUCCCUUUCACGGUUGUGCCACUCGCCGCCGCCAUGAGCCGGAGCAGCCACCAGAGCCCCCAUGCGAAGCUGAAGACACCACCGCGGCCCCUCUUCUCCUGCGGCAUCUUCCGCAACUGCACCCAGUCCGCCCUCAGCCCCACCACUCCUCCCCCCUCCGCCGCCACCUUCUUGGCCUCCGCUUCCCCGCCGCCUCCUUCGGCUACGCCCCCGCCGCCCUCCGCCUCGCCUCCGCCCCCUCCUCCGCCCCAGCCGUCCGCAGCCCCCGACCCACCCCGGCCGACCGAGCCCGAACGCCCUCCUCCGUCCACCUCCUCCUCCUCCUCCUCCUCCUCGUCUACUUCCCAGAGCUUCACCCAGUGGAGAUUCCCCCUGCAGCACCACCACCAACAGCAACCGACGCCUGAGCCGGAGCGCGGGCCGCAGGCCCUUGACCCUUCCCACGCCGCCUCCUUUAACCUCGCGGAGGCGUUCCGUGCCGCAGAGCUCCAGUUCGCCUCCGGCGCCAGCCUCCCGGCCCUGCGCCUGUUAGAGAGGUCCCUCGCACCGGAUUCCUCUCCCACGCCGAUACCCUGCCCUCCGCCGGUGAUGGCCGGCGUGGUGGCCGCCCUGCGGGAGCCAGCCUCGGCGCGGCCGGCGGCCAAAGUGCUCCUCGCGCUACUCCUCGCGGAGCACAACCGGCGGGCCGCAGUGGAGGCCGGGGCAGCGUCUGCGGCGCUGGAGGCGGUGGCGGCGUCUGGGCCUGCGGGCGCGACAGCGGAGCGGGCACUGGCGGCGCUGGAGCUGCUGUGCACUGUGGCGGAUGGGGCGGCGGGGGUGCGGGCACACGCCGCGGCCGCGGCGGCGCUGGCGGGGGCGGUGGAGGGGAUGGCGGGGAGGGGGAGGGAGUGCGCCAUCGGUGUGAUGGCUGCGAUCUACGGCGGGGCGGCGGCGGGGGAGGCACCGCCGGAGGUGGGGAGGGCGGUGGUGGCGGCGAUGCAGGGUGAGUGCAGCGCGCGGGGUAGACGAAAGGGGGCGCAGCUGCUGCGCGCGCUGCAGGAGAGCGGCCGUCUCGACCUCCCGACUGACACAGCCAUCGGACGCCCAUGAAGAGGACUGCUCCCCGGAGCGGGGCCGGUGCUUUCUCGGAUACCGAUUGGUGGGUGCAAAAGUAGGCCUUCACAGGCAGCGUGUCAGAGAGCCGAUGGCGUGGGGUGACAGAGAGAGCAGGGAGAGGGACGUACGCGGUUGACAGAGAUAUGACGGGAGGCGGGUGGUUGUGUCAGUGACUGUGUCAAAAAAAGCCGGAGCGCCAUGGGAAGCAGAGCUUAUUAUAAUAUUAUAGUUACCGCAGUUCUCGCAUUCUAGGAUCCUUCUUCUUCAUGUAAAGAGUUAUCAUGUCAAUAUAAUUGGAAUUUAGACUGCAUGCGUGCUGUAGAUUCAUUCCUGCCUGCUAAACUACGAGCUUUGUCAUCUCGACGUGGGAGCAGCGUGGACCCAAACCUAACCAUGCAACGUUGAGAUUAGACAACACCAUGUUACAUGUCCUCAAACAAAGCAAUCGAAACAUUCGCCUCCGUCCAAUCAAAACAAGAUGGGAGAUCCGUAUUUAGCAAUAGGGAUGACGACGUCAAAAUCUCCGCCAUGUGAAUCUCUGUUGUGGCCCGUUCAUUACUUGGGCUAAGCCCAAACAAGCGGGCCGAACCACUCUGUUCUCAUCCGGCCGUUCGUAUGCCUCAGUGAGCUAAUGGACGGCGGAUCUGACCUCCUUAUACAAAUUUCUAUGCGGAGCGUAUUUACCGAGAAAAUGGCCAAAGUGCCCUCCGGUAGUACAAUUGGCGCUGGCAAAGCUCCCAUCACCACCCAUGGCGCAAUCAAGCGCGGCCCGCCCCAUCUCCUUUGGCUGCGCGACUUGCCUUCUCCUCCGAGGCGGCGGCAAGUAGAGCGCUCCGACCGCAAGAUCCUGUGUUUUUUCUGUUGGAAUUGUAAUUUUAAAUUUGAUUAGGAUUGGAUAUUAGAAGGUUGAGUCAAAUUAGGACUAUAAGUUGGGUUGAUCAUUCCCCAUUCACAACUGUCCCAAAAAGGCAAGGGAGAAAAAGAAGGGGUGGCUCUUUCUAUCUCUUCUUUCUUCAAUCUCUCGUCUACUUCUCUAGUAAUCCAACAAUUUUAGUUCUUUGAAGAGCGGGCGUCGGAUUGGUCGCUAUGUCUUCGUCGGGGGCGAUAAAGGGGAGAGGCGGGAAGGAGAAAGGGGCCGCCGUGCCGGACGUGAAGAAGAAGGUGGAUGGGCCUGGUAAAUCGAUCUCGGUCGUCAAGCAGAAACCCGUCAACGUUGUUUCUAAGCUGGAGGGGAAAAAAGUAACAAGUUCAUCGAAAACUGUCACUAAGACAACCAGACGGAAAGCUGAGAAGAAAGUCUAUGCUUUGCCUGGUCAGAAGUAUGACAUCCCCGAAGAGAGGGAACCUCUGAGGAUAUUCUAUGAAUCCUUAUCAAAGCAAAUUCCGUCAAGCGAAAUGGCAGAAUUUUGGAUGAUGGAACAUGGUUUGCUAUCUCCUGAAAGAGCAAAGAAGGCAUAUGAGAGAAAGCAAAAGAGACAGCAACAGCUAAGAACAGGCACUCCAAUCAAAUCCAGCAAGCAAGAUAGGCCAGGAAGCUCAAAGAGUUUGCAGGCAUCAAGGAAUGAAGGUUUCACUUCAAGGAAAAGGAUCAACUGUAGCAAUGAUGAUGGUCUCAUUGUAAAAUCAAAAAAAAUAAAAGCAUAAAAGAUGAUGUAUGUUCAGUGUUAUAGUUAUGCCAGCUCUCAAAUUGUAGCCCAUUCAAUAUUUAUAAGGGGACCUCUUUAGUAGUUGUUCCAUGUCGUAAAUUGUAGUUGCUAAAUAAGCAUCGUGGUUGGUUUAUCAUGUCCCCUGGUGUAACAACGAAGAAACAGGAAGUUCCUUGUAUCCUCUGAUUA